AUGCCCGCUCAACCCAAGCUCAAUCCUCUCAGGCGCGCCCCCUCCACCAGAUUCGAAUUCCGCGACGACGACAGCGACAGCGACAGCGACGACUUUGACCAACCUCCAUCUGCAUCUGGGCAUCACCCGGUUACAGGCUUAGGCAUAAGCUUGAAAGGUCCUACGCCGCCCCCAGACACUGGAGCGUCUGGAUACGAGACCGUCCCGGUGCAACCCCCGCCCAGAAACCCGCGACGUCUCACAGUGCAACACAAGCAGACCUUCCGACCCACCUCGUCAGUCUAUUCGGAGAACUCUCCUCCUCUUGCGCCCCACGACCCUGAACAACCUAGCACGCUGGCGUCCCAUCACUUUCAACGCUAUGGAGGGGGUGAGGAGAUCUCGCCCCCCAGCUCGCCAGAGCCAAGCUAUAGCCAACCCCGUCGACCUCCCGUUUUGCCACCAGGUGAUGUUUCCCCGAUCGAGGAGGAAUAUGAGGAAACGGCCCAAGGAGCUUUCGAACCUCAGCCCUAUGGGAGGAACCAACACGCUCAACAGCACCUAUACUACCCGGGUCCGGGCCCCGCCCAGCUCCACCGAACCAUGAUGCCGCGCCAACAAGCCCGGAAUCCGGGACCGGGUUUUCCCAUGUUUGAUCCCGUGACUGGUGAACGUCUGGACAGUGCACAUGGGCGUCCGCUGAACAGGCCUCUGCCGGGUGCGCCCUAUGGGCCGGGUCAGGGAUUCGCUCGCCAGCAGUCGCCGCCGCCGCUCGCAGGACCACAGCCGAGGAUGGCUUCUGUUGGGGAUAGGAUGAUGAGGAUGGCGAGCCCCGAACCUCGAAACAGCCGCCCAGACCCGGCAGCAGGAGCUUUCACUGCCAAUCGUCCAGGUUGGCGUGGACCAAGUGGGCGAACAGCUAUCGUUGACCCUGUUCGUGAUAAUCCUGCGGUUCCUCCGUUAAGGAUACCCGAUCGCAAUGGCAGACGGGUUGUUUCGCAGCAAGCCCCUGGACCCGGUCAAAGACCUGAGUUGUCUCUGGGAAUUCCUAGACGGGAUGAGAUUCCCCCUCCACCUCGUGCUGGUGCACAGAUGGGGUAUGCGCCACGGGACCCCGGCCAGGAGAGUCAUGUCCUCGUCUCAGAUACACCCGCAGUCCGCAACAACGCCGCGUCCUGUGAGAAGUCCAGUUUAUCCGAACCCACCACAUUCUGCCAUCACCCCGCGAGGAGAUGCGCCGUUCGUGGCAGCCCAGCAACUCCAACGGGACAUCCACAGCCGAAUUCGGUCCGGAGGAAGCCCACCCCGACCUACGCCAACCAUCAACCUCAGGACUCUGUCUCCUCAGUUUAUUCCCAGCAGCAACCUGAGGUGCUGAUGCCAAAGCAGCAGCCUCAUGCCCCCCAGCCUGCGGCUGCCAACCCGCCUCCAGCUGACGAACCCUGGAUGCAACCCCCUUCGCGUUUCAGCGUGACUACCUAUGCAACUAGCAUCUCUACCACCGCUACCCCACGCGAGUCCCUGGACGAUUUCCAUCACAAUAGGGACAGCCAGCCGCCGGUCCCCAGAAUUCCGCAGCAACAUCGUCCACAGAGCCCCAAGGAGGAAGAGCCGGCGCAAUCCAUCAUGAACAGAAGCAGGCCCAAACUGGAAGGGUUCAAUUACAACAAGAAAGACCAAGCCCCCAUCGUUGUCUCCCUCAAAGACCAGAUCAUCUCGCCCUACGAAACAGUCGUCGAGCCCCGCCCCAAGACGCGUCUCCGCCACCCCCUCCGACGAACAAAUCCCUGCCCCCCCGCUCCUCCCGAGCUCGAAGCACUCAGUCUUUACAACGGCGCCGAUGGCAAGUCGUCACCAAAAUCACCCAAAGACCUUAGCGCCUCCGAGCGCGUAGCGCUCUACGACGCGCAGAUCCAGGCCCUCGGCAACCGCCGCAUCAACAUCACCCGCUCUAUCAAGCAGAUGACGGAGCUGAUGCCGACAGACAAUAUUUUGAACAGCGAGGCGGUCCGCCGUAAGCGCGAGGUGGAGAAGCAAAAGGUUGAGGCGCUCAAGACGGAGCUAGCGGAGGUGCAGAGGGAGAUGUACGAGUUGGGAUUGAAGCUGCAUCGGGCGUAUAAGAGGCAGGAGAAGGAGGCGAGCUUUGAGCCGACUACGUUGUGGGUUCGGAGGGUUACUGGGUGA